CUCAGUUAUAGUAAGUGUAUCUUCACAUGCUAACAAAUAUUUGUACCACUCCAUCUGCAAAUGUGUCUCAAUUGUGAUCAGUGGUACUUUGGAAUAGCACUACAUGACAUACUGGGCAAAUUCAGAAGGAAUCAUAUCAGCAGUGGACCCAAGGCUCGGAGCCGUCUCGAGAAGGAUAAACACCCCACACUUUUUCAAAGGCUACUGUGCUAUUCAACCUCUGCCGUAGAAGAGGAAAGGAUAGAUUCCCGUACUCACACGCGUAAUAGAGCUUAUGUAGUAGCUGAAGCCGAUGGUGUGCAUCGUCGAGCCACUGGUUCCCAUAGUGAUAGAGGUAAAAUCCAGGAUCACCCCACCAAAGGAAGUAGUGCAAGGCCAGCUGAAGGGCAGCGACAUCUGGAGCGAGAAUGCAACUCAUCCUACUACUCUCACUUCCACGGUGUGGGCACGACUGGGGUCUAUGAUCAUACCGUCUCUUCAACAUCUUCGGACUCGUCAGAGACUCUGGCAGCCAAGACUAUAGGGAAUCGGAUGAUGUAUGGCCGCGACCGGUGGCGUCAUGACCUCCCUCCGUGGUUCUAUUCCGACAUCGAGAAGCAACAGGCGACUAUUGGCUCGCCUCCAAGGCAUGGCCUUGUCUGGAGUGGUGGGGACUACCGGCAUGAGAUGGGUCUGCAGACCUACUCUGAGAUGUAUGACGACCCGUCAUUCUACAGGAGUCGGUGGCCGCCGGACCUGCGUUCGUAUAGGAGUAGUGUCGUGGACUAUGAGGGUGCAGAGGGUGCUCAUACCGCUCCUUCGUCAACUCUGCGGCGCUACAGUAGUGCCCAGAGGCCUAGUACUGCUCGCGUGGAUCUAUCGACUACCCCUAGCUUUGGAACACUGGUCGGGGAGACAGGUUCUCUGAAGUCGGGUCAAGCUAGUGACUGGUCUGUUCCUCCUUCUUAUCGCCGUUCACUGCAUCAAGGUAUCCCUCCCCACUCCCAGCACGCGUCUGCACGGGCCUAAUUCUAUUGGGAACUAUAUUCCAUAUUACUACCACUGUCACAAGUAAUUCCGUUCCCUAUCAUUUU